UGGUAUUGCAAAAACAACUACCCUAACCCUCCCAUCCUCGUUUUGGCGCCCUUUAUAAAACCCAUUUCCAUCUACCAUUCUUAACCAUCAAACUUGCAACAAUUUCAAUCACAAAAUCCUCCAAAUAAAAAAAAUCCCGAUUUUCUCCUAAAUUUACUUAAGAAAUUACCACUAGUGAUCAAAAUGAGUUCGAUACGAAGCAGAGCAUGGAUUGUGAUGGCAGCAGUUGAAGGGAUGAAAGAUCAAGGUUAUGCUAGAUGGAAUUACACUAUAAGAUCUAUUCAUCAACAUGUUAAGAAUAAUGUUAGAUCUUAUUCUCAAGCUAAAAAGAUUUCUGGGUCAUCUUCUUCUGCAAUUUCCCAGAAAAUUAGGGAUGAAAAAUUGAAACAAUCUGAAGAGUCUCUUAGGAAAGUCAUCUACUUAAGUUGUUGGGGACCUAAUUAAACAAUGUUUUGAUGGUUUCCCCUUAGUUUUCAUUGUAUAGAAAUGAUUAAACAAAUUAAUCAAAGUUAUAUUGCUACA